UUAGUAUAGCCAAUAUGGCGACUCUUGUGUGAAUUUACCAGGUGAAACGGAGGAAAAUAUUGAAUGGAGAUGCUGUCGUUUGUUUACAGCUAGUGUAGGCGACAUUUCAUAUCUAGGAGAUACAUUUACUGGAGGAGUGUGAAUUCUGCUAAGGAAAAUGACGACGGAUAAGGUUAAAGUCGCUGUUAGGGUUCGCCCUAUGAAUAAGCGAGAGCUGGAUAUGACAACGCAGAUCGUGGUGGAUAUGGAGAGAGAUCAGACGAUUCUACGUCCAUUCAAAGACAGACAUGAUGGGAGUGGUCGCAAGGUGCCAAAGACUUUUGCCUUUGACCAUUGUUUUUGGUCCAUGCGUCCGAAUGAUCCAAAAUUUGCAGACCAAGAGUCGGUGUUCAACUGUCUGGGCAACGACAUCUUGGAGUGUGCGUAUGAGGGAUACAAUGGCUGUAUAUUUGCUUAUGGACAAACAGGGUCGGGGAAGUCGUACACGAUGAUGGGAACAAAAGAACAGAAAGGAAUCAUCCCCCGCCUGUGUGAUGCUCUGUUUGACCACAUCGCCAAGGUCUCACAGCUGAACCUGUCUUUCAAGGUGGAGGUGUCCUACAUGGAAAUCUACAAUGAGAAAGUCCACGACUUGCUAGAUCUGACAGGGAACAAACAGAACCUAAAGGUUCGGGAACACAACAUUUUGGGGCCAUACGUGGAUGGGUUAUCUACCUUGGCAGUCGGGUCCUUCCAGGAUAUAGAUAGUCUCAUGAGUGAAGGGAACAAAUCAAGGACGGUAGCAGCGACCAACAUGAACAGUGAAAGUAGCCGAUCUCACGCUGUCUUCAACAUCAUCAUCACACAGACACUCACCGACCUCCAGUCAGGGCAGGUGCUCCGAGGGAGGAGAAAGGAAGAGCCCACAAGAACUGUGUCGGGUGAGAAGGUCAGCAAGUUGUCCCUGGUGGAUCUGGCAGGGAGUGAGCGGGCCCAGAAGACAGGAGCAGUCGGGGAGAGGCUCAAGGAGGGCAGCAACAUCAACAAGUCUCUGACCACUCUUGGCCUUGUCAUCUCAGCGUUAGCAGACGCAGCGGCUGGGAAAAACAAGAACAAGUUCGUCCCAUACCGGGACUCUGUCCUGACAUGGCUUUUGAAGGACAACCUGGGAGGCAACUCCAAGACUGUGAUGGUGGCAACCAUCAGUCCAGCUGCAGACAACUACGAAGAAACAUUGUCCACGCUGCGCUACGCCGACCGUGCCAAGAGGAUUGUCAACCAUGCUGUCAUCAAUGAGGAUCCAAAUGCACGAAUUAUCCGAGAACUUCGUGAGGAGGUCGAGACAUUAGUGAAGCAGCUCAAUGAGGCACAGAACAUGCGAGCCCCGGACCUGAAGGAUCGUCUAGAGGAAUCUGAGAAGUUGAUGAAGGAGAUGAGCAAAACAUGGGAGGAGAAGCUGGCUGAAACAGAACGUAUACACCAGGAUCGCCACAAGGCACUGGAACAAAUGGGCAUCUCUGUUGAGACGUCUGGCAUCAAGGUGGAACAUGAAGGGGCAUUCCUUGUCAACCUUAAUGCUGACCCGUCCCUCAAUGAGCUGCUUGUCUAUUACCUCAAGGAGCACACGAUGGUUGGGCGGCCGGAUGCGCCCACCCAACAGGACAUCCAGCUGCGAGGGCUGGGCAUUAUGCCGGAACACUGUAUUGUGGAUGUCGAUGGUCCAGAAGUCUACAUCACACCACUAGAGGGAGCCAGAACGUGCGUUAAUGGCGCCGUCAUCCAUGAAAGAAAGAAGGUCCGACAUGGAGACCGUAUCCUGUGGGGGAAUAAUCACUUCUUUCGUCUUAACUGCCCGCGACCAACAAAUAGCCCCCAAACCCAGAAUGCUGACCCAUCAGAACAGAAGAUCGACUACAACUUUGCCCAACAGGAGUUGAUGAUGCAAGAGCUGUGUGACGACCCCAUACAGGAGGCCAUCUGUGCCAUCGAGAAGCAGCACGAGGAGGACAAGCAGGAAGCACUAGAGAAGCAGCGCCAGAUGUACGAGAGGCAGAUGCAGAUGCUGCGGAAUCAGCUGAUGUCUCCGGGCACCCCGUCGUACCCCUUCCCCCCAUUUGAUGCCACCCGCCUCACCCCGACAGGGAACAUGAACACACAGAACAGCAUCCAGAAGAAGUACCAGCAGUGGGCACAAGACAGAGAGAAGGUGUUCCUGCAUAGCCUGGUCAAGCUGCGGGAGGAGGUGGUCAAGGCGAACACACUGGUCAGGGAGGCCAACAACCUAGCAAAGGAGAUGGGCAAGCAGACCGAGUUCCAUGUGACUCUACAGAUACCUGCUGCUAACCUCAGCCCCAACAGGAAGAGAGGAACAUUCGUCAGCGAACCUGCCAUCCAGGUGAAGCGGCGUGGCCGAGCCAAUCAGAUCUGGUCAAUGGAGAAGUUGGAGAACAAGAUCAUUGACAUGCGUGAGAUGUACGAAGAGCGCAAGUCCCAGGGACUCCCGAUGAUGGUACAAAACGUUCUGGACGUCAGUGAUGCCGAGAUGUCCUUCUUUGACAUCUCUGAGGGCAAUAUGGAUGAGGGUCCACCAGUCAAAGGCGACCCUUUCUACGAGUCUCAGGAAAACCACAACCUCAUCGGGGUAGCCAAUAUCUUUCUGGAGUGUUUAUUUUAUGAUGUGAAGUUGGACUACCAUGUACCAAUCAUCAGCCAACAAGGCGAGGUUGCAGGGAAGCUUCACGUGGAGGUGUCCAAGAUGGGUGGCGCUGUACUGGACCGCUAUGUGGACCUGACAUCUGACAACGGGGAGGAGGAUAAUAAUGUGCCCAUGGGAGCCCCACUGAUGGUCCGGAUCAAGAUCCGAGAAGCCCGAGGUCUGCCACCAGCCUUGUGUAACUUUGUGUUCUGUCAGUACUCCUUCUGGGGAGAGCGAGACCCCAUGGUGGUACCUCCAGAGGUCAACCCAGAGAUCAUCACCAAACAGGACACUGUCUCCUUUAUAUUCAACCAUGAAAAUGACAUCCGCAUCCCGAUAUCGGAGGAGUUCAUCGAGCAUUGUUCUGAAGGUGCGCUGUCUAUAGAAGUGUGGGGCCAUAGAAGUCAGGGCUUCGGCCUCAACGGGACCAUGAUGGAGUCGGCACAGGCCAAGACACGCACACUGUCAGACAGAUGGAAUGAGGUGAUGAGGAAGAUUGAGUUCUGGUCCGAGGUGCAUGAGCUGAAUGACCAGGGAGAGUACAUGCCUGUUGAAGUCAUGCCAAAACCUGAUGUCCCCACCGCUGGUGUCUUCCAACUCAGACAGGGUCACUCCCGGCGCAUCCUGGUGCGUGUCAAGCCCGUGGCCAACUCUGGGACACUGCCUCUCAUCUGUGAGGCAAUCACAUCAGUUUCUAUUGGUUCCAUAUCUGUACGAUCCAAACUUCAGAAAGGUCUGGACAGUUACCAAGAGGAGGAUUUGAAUCAUCUCCGUGAGCGUUGGUCUGAUGCCCUCAAGAGGAGGAAAGACUACUUGGAUGAGCAGAUUCAGAAGCUCAUUAAUAAGCCAGAUAAAUCUGAGGCUGAUUCUGAGAGGGAACGAGCACUCAUCGAGCAGUGGGUGUGUCUGACAGAGGAAAGGAAUGCCGUUCUGGUCCCCGCCCCUGGAAGCAGUAUACCAGGGGCACCUGCGGACUGGGACCCCCCACAUGACAUGGAGGAGCACUCCCCAGUUCUCUUCCUAGAUCUUAAUGCGGAGGACAUGAGCACCCCUAGUGCCAAGGAAGGCUCCCAAGCUGCUGGUAUCAACUCCAUCCUCCCCAAGGAACAUGGAGCCCAGUUUGUCUCAUUGCCGAUCAUCAAGAGCUUCACUGAAAAGGAAAAUGUAUGUGCACUGGUAUCCUGGGAUUCCUCCAUCCACGACUCUCCCCACCUGAACCGAUUAACGCCCGCCAACGAGAGGAUAUAUGUCAUCCUAAAGGCAGUUGUCCGCCUGAGUCACCCCGCAUCCAUGGAGCUGGUCCUCCGCAAGCGUGUCUGCAUCAACAUCUACAAGAAGCAAAGCCUGUCCUCCUUCACCAACAUCCUCAAGAACAGGUUCAUCGGAGGGGACUACCUGUAUGCCAGUGGUAUCACCUAUGAGGUCGUGUCCAACAUUCCAAAGGGGUCAGAGGACCUGGAGGGUAUGGAGACCCUGGCCCAGAUGGCCGCUAGUCAGAACGAGACCAAGGCUGUGGAUGGGGAGACCUACAUCGAGAAGUACAUCAAGGGCAUCUCGGCCGUGGAGAGCAUCCUUACCAUUGAUAGACUACGUCAGGAGGUCGCUGUUAAGGAACACCUCGCCGUCAGUGGGAGAUCUUUACGGAAGACCACCAGUGUCCCUAACAUCAAUCAGAUGCUAACCUCACCCACCAAGCUUGAAGAUCAGAUGCGAGCUGACAGCAUCCAGGAUCUCACCAGUGAUGCCGCAUUGUCAAAAUCCCCGACUUUUGCGGGUGAGUUUCGGCAACGAGCAUUUUCCGACGUGAACGAGUCCAUGAUCGCGUCUUACCGCAGGGAAGUGGGUCGUCUUAAAAAGCUUUCGGUCGGCCUAGCCCGCCCGAGCUUCCUCAACCUCCGUUCUAGUACCAAUGGUAACUCGGCUAAGCGUACGUUUAAACUAUUGUCUCGUUUCUUCCGUGAAGAACAUGCAUCCCCCAAGUCUGGACUGAGUCCACACACGUCCAAGUUGGUGAAGCCGAUGAGGACUCUGAUUGAGGAGCAGCACCAGAGAGAGUCUCGGCCACUUCUACACCAAGACACGGAGGAGGACCUGGAUGAGGAGGAUGAGUUGAUACCAAAGUCAGUUUCUCGCCUUCAGCAGCAGGACCAUGAUUCACGCAGUCUUGACUCAGAUGACUUUCAGGAUUUUGAGUCGUACCAGAGCCAGCAGACAGCUCGUGUGCAGAGAGAGGGCGCUCUGGCUCUUAGUCACAUGACCCACUCCUCCACCAAUGACAGCCUAGCGGAGGUGCAGGCAAAGAGCUGCACUCCCAGCAUGACGUCCAGUGGCUAUGGCUCUCAAGCUGUGUCCUCUCUCACCUUGUCCUCAGAGGACUCACUCAGUGUCAAGAGCAUUGAUGACAAUGAGAAUAUCAAAAACAAGACAGCUCACAAGUCUGGCAGCACAGAACACAGUGGAGACAGCGAUGAUGAGGACCACGCCAAGGCUGAGGAUGGGGACCAUGCCAAAGACGAUGGUGAUAAGGCCAACAUGGGCAGUGGCAAUACAGAAACAACACUUGAUGAUUCCAAUGGAUCAGUUCACAAUGAUUCAAAUGAUUCUGGUGAUAAUGACACUGAUGGUAAUCGCAAAUCCCGAUCCGAUUCUUUGCUUGAUGAGGGGGUACCUGAGAUACCUGAUGCUCCUCUCAAGCCUGUACCGACACCACCUGCCAAUGGGAAAGAGUUUGAUUUCAGUCAGACAACUGAGAAUGAUCAUGAAGCUGUGAAGUCUGUUACUGAACCCUCCAGCCAUGAACCUCUCUCACGCAUAGACUCAAGCAACUCGGAACCUGGGGACAGUGCAAUAGGCCGUGGGGAUGGGGACAAUGACCCAUAUAGUGUAACUGCAAUGGAGGAGCUGGAGAAACUUGGAGAAGAUGAAGGAGCAGACUCCGAGACUGUGGACAAAUCUUCUUUAAGGAGUGCCAAGCCUGAGGUGAAGGAUACCCCGAGAUUGUCUGUAUCUGAAUCAGAGAACCUUGACAAGAAGACGAGAGGCAAGGCCACUGAAACACCAGUAGUUGGUUUGAAAUCAGCAUCUUUGUCAAACAUUGUUUCCCCUAAGGCAGACAAGUCUGCACUGUUGGGUAGUGGACAGAAAACACCUGAUUCUAAGGGAGUUGUACGACGGAAGGGCUCUGGGUCACGCCAGCGGCCGAUGUCCUGCACCGUCUCCCCUCAGAUCGACACAGCCAUGAAGGCCUGGCAGGAGGACCUUGGGAUGGAGAGGAGAAGCAGCCUACAUGUGUCGGAGGAUCAACUCAAUGCAAUGGAUGACUCCCUGAGUGAGUGCUCCUUUGGGAGCAGAGCUGACCUUGACCGUCUGCAUGAUGGCCCAGUCCCGUCCUGGAUUCAGGAGGGAGAGUUUGUGACUGUCACCUCCUCUCGUGUGGGGCCCAAGACAGGGGUGGUACGCUUUGUGGGAAACGUGGAGUUUGCAGCAGGUCCCUGGAUCGGAGUGGAACUGGAUCUGCCUGAAGGUAAAAACGACGGCUCUGUGAAUGGUGUCCGAUACUUCAAAUGCCGUCACCGACAUGGUGUCUUUGUCCGAACAGAGAAACUUAUCUGGGACAAGAAGAGGAAAGGGUCACGGAAGAGUUUGUCCUCAAGUCGUCGGAGCUUGGUGGGAUCGUCCAGCAACUUGUCGCAUUCAUCCUCUAACAUUUCCCAGCAGACUGGCGCAGGGGGGUCGUACAUGCGGGCCACUUCCGCUAGCCACGCCAAGAAAAAAUGAGCUGAUGUUUAUGCUGACUUUGCAUCAUUUCUUUAUCUCCAUAAUAAAUAGAUAAUGUUGACAUAUCAUUACAAAAACCCAUACCCUUCAGGAACUAGUGAGUCCGCAGGCGAGGUAGAACGACGACCUAGGUCAGCCUCUAUGUACAUACAAUGAGUGUUGAUUUUACAGAUUUACAAAUUUCAUCUUUGAAGGGAACUGACUUUGGGUUUGGAUUUACCCAAGUUGUAGAUUUACUAAAUGGCUGUCGUCAUUUCUUGUUUCCUGUCUCAUUGAAUAAAGUCCAUAAGUGUGUCCUGAAACUGCUAUAGGCUUUGGUAUACACCAGUCAAUACUGUUAUGGCAAGUUAUGGCACUUUCAGUUGGCAUAUAUAUAUAUAUAUAUAUAUAUACAUAGUUGAACAUAGUUGUCUUGAUUUGUUGAAAAUUUUAGCUUCCAUUUGUAUAUUUGAGACUGAUGUGCAUAUUGCUAUGUAUAGCUGAAUCUGUUUAUCUGUAUUGUGAUAUGAACAAGCUUUAUCAUCAAGCUUUUCUUGUUGUGACAUAGUACAUGGUUGUUUGUGAUUCAGUUGCAGAGAUUUGUCAGUUUUCCUAUGUUACCAAUGAUGCAUGAUAAGUCCCUCGUCGGACACUUCAUAAUCAGAGGCAGAUGACCAUAAUUGUUGACAGAAGUCAGUGACAACCCAAGGCACAAGUGGGCAUGGAUUACCUGCCCUUGGAUACAAACUCUUGGAUUGUCUCCCUUUAUCAUCUCUUCUAUGAAGGAACUCAAAACUAGGGCGAGACGUGAUGUGAUUGAGUUUACAGUUUGGAAUGAAGUUUACUUGUUUGUAUGGAUGGAACAGGGUUGAUCAACAGAAGAUGGCCCAUCAAGAGAAUAUGGUUGAUCAACGGAACAAGGCUGAUCAAGAGAAUAUGGAUGAUCACCGGAACGUGGCUGAUCAAGAGAAUAUGGUUGAUCAACAGAACGUGUCCCAUCAAGAGAAUAUGGCUGAUCAAGAGAAAAUGGAUGAUCACCGGAACGUGGCUGAUCAAGAGAAUAUGGUUGAUCAACAGAACGUGGCUGAUCAAGAGAAUAUGGAUGAUCAACAAAACGUGGCUGAUCAAGAGAAUAUGGCUGAUCAAGAGAAUAUGGAUGAUCAACGGAACAUGGCUGAUCAAGAGAAUAUGGAUGAUCA